UGUGUCUGACCCCACGAAUUCUGGUCGAAGCUUGGUCUUGGUCUUGGUGGCCGGGGAUAUAUACGCGAUAGAUCGAAGGGCAUCUCAUAGUUUGAUUUGGAUCACCAAGGAACAGAAGAAACAAGUUUCAUCAUGGGCAGCAUCGACUAUUCAGACUUCAGAAUCUUGACACCAUGUGCCAUCUUAGGCUAUGGGUUCAGAAGCGACCACUUCUGGCUGGGCAUCGACAAAUACAAGCCCGCUGCUAUCGUCGUUGAUGCAGGUAGCACCGAUGGCGGACCAUAUAAGUUGGGGAUGAAUAAAAUGACUUGCGGGAGAGAAAGCUACAUCAGAGACCUGACCCAUAUGUUGCAAGCUUGCUUUUACCGCAAGAUCAAAGUGCUGAUAUCCUCAGCUGGCGGCGAUGGCAGCAACAAGCAUGUCGAAGAAAUGAUCGGCAUCAUCAAGGAGAUCGCAGUUACCCACAAGUUUUCCUUCAAGGUCGCCACGAUCACGACGGACAUCAGUCGAGAAAGCAUUAAAGCUAGAAUCGUCAAAAGUCAAGUUCAUCCUUGUGGUCCCGUCGCCGAUCUCACAGAGAUAAAUGUGGACGAAGCUGUCGAUAUCGUUGGUCAGAUGACAGAUCCGGACAUCAUCCUCUCUGGGAGAUCCUAUGACCCCUCACCUUUCGCCGGGUUCUGCCUUAGCCGUGGGGUCGAUCCUGGUGUUGCAUGGUAUAUUGGAAAGAUCAUGGAAUGCGGCGCAUUUUGUGCUGUGCCCAAAGGACGGACCAUGGUCGCGACAGUCAGACAAUCAUCAUUCGACUUGACACCGGUCUCGCCAUUUGAACAAUGUACACCUGUCUCGGUCGCUGCUCACACCCUUUAUGAGAAGACUCGGCCAGACAGACUCCCAGGGCCAGGUGGUGUCCUGCACUUGGACUCCGCUCAGUACAAGACACUCGAAGAUGGUCGUACCGUUCGGGUUUCUGGGGCUAGGUUCGUGCCGACGCCCAUCUACCAGAUUAAGUUGGAGGGUGUGGAAAAGCUAGGACACCGAACAAUCUUCAUUGGCGGUAUCCGUGAUCCAAUCUUGAUUGCCCAAAUCGACGACUUUUUGGAGCGAGCUCGAGCAUAUACGAAAAAGAUGUUUCCGGAGCUGGACAAAGACGAGCAUUGUCAGCUCAGGUUCCAAGUGUAUGGCAAGAAUGCAGUCAUGGGUCCACUCGAGCCGACCACGACGGCUGCACAUGAGAUUGGAGUCCUCGGCGAGGUUGUUGCUCCCACAAAAGAGAAAUCUCACGCAAUCGCCAACAAUGUACGAGCAUCAAUUCUGCAUAUGCCAUAUGAAGGACAGAUGGCGACGGCCGGCAACUUUGCGUCACCAUUGUCACCGCACGAGCAGGAUGCAGGUGAAGUGUUCAGGUGGAACGUUUACCAUCUCAUCGAUUUGCAGCCCGGGGAGGAACUCAGCAUGUUCCCGAUAAACAGUGUCAACAUCGACAGCAGCGAGCCUGCUGAGCCUGAACCAACACAUUUCUCACCGGAAGAGCUCGAAGAGUUCACCACUGGUCAACCGAAGCCGCUGGUGCCGAAAGUGGUGCCCCAAGAAGAGGCAUUGAUGAUGGAUGUGGCCAAAAUUGUUCGAUCCAAGAAUAGCGGACCAUUUGAGAUGACUUUCGACGUCAUGUUCGACGACCUCGCAACAUACCAACGUGUCAAAGCAGCCAAUGUCCUGACGAAUGAUGUGAUAGGACGUCUGUAUAAUGUUCAGGAGCAAGACAUACUGACAAAUAUGUUCUUUGAGCCGGCGAGAGCUUGA